GAACAAGCAACUGAAGAGUCGAUCAAACUCUUCAGGCUUGAUGGAUUCUCUGAUGAAGAUGAACAGCACGGCAGCAAGCACUACACCCUUAAGAUUAUCGAUUGAUGAUCAUAGUGGUAGUGGCCUCCAUAUUAUGAAAAAUCCACUGCAAAAGUUUAUAUAUUUAUCGUGUUUCAUCAUAUUCAUAAUUUUAAUUGCUGGUUUUUCUGGUGAUUUACUAGUGAGAGGAGAAAAUCUUCGUGUUUUCUUGAUUCCGCAUUCACAUAUCGAUCAGGGAUGGCUGAGAACUGUUAGAGAGUAUCAAUCAGAAACCUUCUCAAUUUUGGACAGUGUUAUUGGUCAAUUAUUGGAAAAACCACAUACCAGAUAUGUGUGGGGUGAUGUUCUCUACUUUAAGGAGUGGUUCGAACAACAACCAGCACCAAGACAACAACAAGUGAAAAAGCUAAUUAAAACAAAUAGAUUCGAAUUUGUCGGAGGAGGUUGGAUUCAAACAGAUGAAGCUUGUGCAUCAUACACUUCAAUUAUUAACUCAAUGACUGUAGGUCAUGAAUAUCUUUUGAGAAGAUUUGGAGUGAGACCGAGAGUUGCUUGGCAAAUUGAUCCUUUUGGUCAUGACGGAAAAAUUCCACAAAUAUUCAGCCAAAUGGGAUUUGAUGCUCUCGUAAUUAACAGAGUUCACUUUUCCAUCAAAUCUGUAAUGAAGGACGAAAAGGCAUUGGAAUUUAUUUGGAACAUCAGCUCAAACAAUACCAUCUUCACUGAAGUACUUCAUACUCACUAUUCCAGUCCUAGAAAUUUUGAUUUUGAAAAACCAGGUGCGGAAUUUAUCAAUGAUCAAAAUGUGGAAAGAAAAGCUCACGAAUUUAUUGAAGACAUGAGGAAGAGAUCUUCAGCAUACAGAACACCAUACAUUCUUGUUCCAAUGGGCGACGACUUUAAAUUCAGAGAUGCCGGAGCCCAAUUUUCAAAUAUGGAUAGAGUUAUUCAGUUUUUGGAUAAUCAUGAUCUAGGAGUUAAGGUUCAAUAUGCCACCACUACUGAAUACUUUAAUGAAUUAUUCAAAAACUACGGUAGCAGUACCAAGUUCCCAGUCGUUAAACAAGACUUUGUACCAUAUGCUGACUACCCAGAUAGUUAUUGGACUGGUUACUUUACCUCCUUACCAAACCUUAAAAAGUCUGCCAGAACUGCUGAAUCAGCGCUCACAUCAACUGAAAUGUUGUAUGCUCUUGCAAGAGUAAAGAUGACUCACCAAAAUAGCAUGUUCAACUGGGUAGACACAUUUAAUACUAUUCAAAGAUCUAGACAAACUGUUGGGUUGGUACAACACCACGAUGCCAUUACUGGUACUUGUAGAAGACAUGUUUAUAAUGAUUACAUGUCCCAACUUGCUUCAGUCAUUCAAGAUAUGAAGUCCCUUCACAAAUCACUCACUCAACACGUUUUGGAAAUUGAUAGUAAUAGUGUCUUAUCAGAUAGUUUGGAUGUUACCAAUGAUGAUCAACAUUCUAUCAUUGUUUACAACAGCUUGUCCCACAAUAUCAAACAAAUAGUUACUGUGAAUAGCAAGUGUUCUUUGGCAACUAUUUUGGACUCUGCCAAGAAAAACGUCGAAUAUCAAGUCAUUCCAAAUGUUGGAAGAGAAAAGACCGAAAUUCCAUUACCUUACAACAUUCAGUUUGUAGCUAGUGUUGAUGGAUUGGCUUUUAACAGCUACUCUUUCAAGUGUGAAGAGCAUUCUGAAGGAGAUUUGCUCGACACAAAUAUCCUCUAUGUUAAGCGAAUGAGUCAACAUUAUGAACAAUUCACCUCAAAGAAGAUUCAAGUUCGUGACAUUUCUUCAGCAAAGGAAAUUCUACUUGAAAAUGCUCAUUAUGCCUUAACUAUUGACAAGAGUACUGGUUAUGUCAAGAAAGUCACCAGUAAGAAGGAUGGUAAGGUUCACGAAACCGUAAAUCAAUUCUUAGAAUACAAGACACAAAACAGUGGUAGCUACCUUUUCAGACCAAACGAUGAUGGUCCAAGUCCUCUCGGAUCUCAAAAUCUCGAAUAUGUCUACAUCUCACGUGGACCAGUUGUUGAUAAGGCUAUUAUCAAUACUGAUCGUGUUGUCAUGACUGUCACUCUUCCACAUGAAUUGGAAGAUGAAAAUUUGGAACAAUAUAUUGAUUAUAGAUUGGAAAUUAAUCCUCUUCCAGAGAAUUCUGAAACAGUUGUAAGAUUUGGCGUUGCCACAAAGGAUGCCUCAGCUGGUUCCAUGAUCGUCUAUGAUGGAUUCAACUUUGUUAAGAGAACUAUUCAUGAAGCUGCUCCAAAACCUGGUAAAUUCUAUCCAUCAACAAAUGGAGCUCUCUUGAAAUUCCCUGACUCUCAAAUUUCUGUCCUCACAGAUCACGCCAUGGCCACAACAGCUAACGGCAGAGAAUUGGAAUUCCUUGUCCACAGAAGACUCAUGAAGGAUGACUAUAGAGGAAUGUCAGAAGCAAACAAUGACCAAUCUUCUCUCAAGUUUAGACUUGCAGUUUCCUACCUUGCCAGAACAACCAAUGAUGAUUUUGUCAAACUCCACCAAAAGUCCCUCCUCGUUAAUAGACAACCUCAAAGCUAUGCUGUUAGAGGUAAAGUUAUUGGACAAUUUAAUAUUUUCAACAAAAAGUUCCCAUCCACAGCUCAAAUCAUCUCCUUGCAGGCUAGAGGUAUUUCUUCUGAUGAAGUUGCUAUUAGAUUACAAAAUUUACAUCCAUCUAAGCCAUUAACAAUUGAUUUUAGUACUCUCUUCUCUGAGGGUAUUGAAGUUUCUGAUCUUAGAGAACGUUCUCUCAAUCUCAUUUAUGAAGUCAGUGAGGAAAAGAGAAAGUUGAGAUUCAAGAAGGAUGCAGUAAUGAGAUUUGAUUUUACUAAAGAAGUUAAACUCAAAGGCGAAGGAGGCCAAAACACCGAUCAAGAAGGGGUCUUCCUUUCUGAUGAAGCUAUUGCUGAAAUGGAAAAGAAUGCUGGUGGUAGAAAAUUAUUGGCCAUUGGUGGUAUUUCACCAUACACCAUUACCCUUCCUGCAACAUCUAUCAAAUCUUACUUUGCUGCAAUGACUUUUAGUGGAAAAGGUUUUGUUCCAAUCUCUAAAAAGGACACUGUUGAUGAAGAUACCAACAAUAAGGAAAUUAAUGAUUUGGGAUUGGAAGAUGACGAAACUGUUGAGGAAACUGCUGAAGAAGAAAUUAGAACUGCCGAAGAAGAAGAUAAAAAGAUUAAUAUUAUUGAGGAAAAGAAGGAAGAAAAACCAAUCGAAACCAGGAAGAUUCCUGCUGCUCAAGUUCCUAAACCACCAAGAGAAAAGGUUCCAUUCUGGGUGUUUGUUAUUGUUGCCCUCUUGCUUGCUGUUUGUGGAUUCUGCUGUCUUUCUCUCACUUUGAUGGUGAGAAGAAGAGGUAGAAAGGACAGACCUAGUGUCUUGCCAAUGUUCCACCAAGAUAAUGCCGGUAUUAAAACUAAGUAAAUGUUCAAUAUUUUGUUUAAUUUCA